AUGGCGAACGCAACCUCGGAUCUCAGCGUCGACAAAAAAAUCGUCCAAGAUGGCUACGAUAAAAUGGCAGAGAAAUACGACGACUGGACGAAAGAUGACCCCCGCAACCGCACUCACUAUACCGAACUCCUGAUCAAAAACCUCCCACCCAAUGCCACAGUUCUCGAAAUCGGCUGUGGAGCUGGUGCCCCGAUUUUGGAGAUGUUGGCCAAGACCGGUGCCAAAGUGCUCGCGAAUGACAUUUCUACCGCAAUGAUAGAGCUGGCGAAAAAGAGAUGCCCAGAAGCUACAUUCAUGCCGGGAGAUAUGACUGCCCUAGACAUCGCACCUUCAUCCCUCCACGCCGUCGCAGCCUUCUUCUCCAUCAUCCACCUCCCCCGCGAAGAACAGCCCACCAUGCUCUCCAAAAUCCACGGCUGGCUGGCAGAUGGCGGACAGACCGCCUUCACGCUCGCGUGCAUGGACGCUUCCGAGAUCAGAAGCUCCUUCUUCGGCCAGGACAUGUUUUGGAGCAGCUUUGACGUCAAAAGCAGCAAGGCCAUGGUCCAAGCUGCCGGGUUCGAGAUUCUUCAGGCGGAAGUGUUGGAGGUCGCUGAGGAUGUCGAUCCUGAUGAUCCGGAUUAUGGGGUGAAAUUCCUGUGGAUUCUGGCGAAGAAACCGGAGGCUGCUGCGUAG